UUAACAACAACACUAACAUGCUUGGAACUAUAACACCAUGUCUUUCACCCUCCAUCAAUUUCCUUCCAAGAUCUAAUCAUGUUCUCACAACAACCUCAAACUCAAUUCUUCCAUUGAAUCAUGGCCACUGUGUCACUCUCUUUUCAGCUUCCCCUUUGCAUUUUACUUUCUACAGGAGCUUUAGAAGACCCAACACUCUGUUCUUUGCAGAAACUGCUUCAUCUGCUGCUACGAAUGCUGAAUACGUGGAGGAACCGGCAACAAAUGUGAAAUUUCAGACAUCUUUGAUGGUUCCGGGUUGCUCGGAUUCAUUAAUUUUGCUUGGAACUGGAUUCAGAGAGAAAGUUUUUGCAAUCAUUGGAGUCAAGGUCUAUGCCGCAGGCCUAUAUCUGAAUCAAUCUAUCAUAAGUGAGUUGAAUGUUUGGAAAGGGCAAUCAAAAGAUACAAUUCAAGGAGAUUCUUCUUUGUUCAAGACCAUUUUCCAAACAUCCCUUGAGAAAUCAUUGCAAAUCAUUCUGGUCAGAGAUGUUGAUGGUAAAACUUUUUGGGACGCCUUAAGUGACGCAAUAUCACCAAGAAUUGUAGAACCUACAACUGAAGAUGAAUCUGCUUUGUCUGCGUUCCGCGAUUUCUUCCUUAAUCUUUCUCUUAGGAAAGGAACUUUCAUAAUUUUGACUUGGCCAAACCCCUCCAAAUUGCUUGUUUCUGUCUCCUCACAGGGUCUUCCAUCUGCAGUGGAUGCUACAAUGGAAUCAACAAAUGUAGCUUCUGCUUUGUUUGAUGUAUUUCUUGGUGAUAAUCCUGUCUCUCCCUCCUUGAAAGCUUCAGUGGCCGAAGGCUUAUCGAAAGUACUAAAGUAGAGUAUGGGUUCUAGAAAUGGUUGUCUUUGAAUAUAUUCAGUAGCUCCUACCUAUUUUGUUCUAGUGUAUAUGUAAGCAUGCUGUAAAGGUGUGCUGCGAGUUGGAAGUUCUUGGUUUCAAGUACUCUUUUUUUUCCCUUCCCUCUUCUGAAUCUACAUAUUUUGAUUUGUCCAUGGAUAUAAACUUUUUUCAAUUUGCAUGCUUAGAUGGCUAUGUUAGAGCCAUAGAGGUACUACUUCUCCAGAAGGACACACU